AUGAGCUCAACGACCGCAUCUCAAGCUCGGACCGAUUCUUCAGUGACAACGACGACGACGACAACAACACCGACACCGAAUCCGUCUGCCACGACUUCGGCACGAUGGCAACGCCGGCUGCAGCUGCGUGAACUGAACCUCGCCGCGUGGGCUGAAAGCUCGCGCGAACCAGGUACGCCGUCCGGCCCAUGCCUGUGCAUGCUCAGCUCCAUCCGUGCUCAUUCCGUGACCUCGUUCAGAUAACCAAGCGCGCCUCGAUACUUCCCUGAAGCGACACACGACGCUGCUGACCCGGCUACGUUCGUCGAUCCACACGACCGCGACCGUGCCUGCGAUCCUCAACGAGAUCGGCGCGCUUUCGUUGGACAAGUACGUCGAAGAAGCGGUCGGCGCCACCUUUGAAGGUCUGGCAAAGUGCAAGACCGGCCCAGAGACGUGGGCGGCGAUCGAGGUACGAACGCCUCGUCGCGAGGAAAGAUGACCAUCACCUACUUACAGACUCGUCGGUCCCCCCUUCACAGGUCGUCUCGGCACUGCACCAGCGAUUCCCGCAUACGUUCACCCCCCCUCUGGUCAACCUCAUCUUGACCAGUCUGGCACCGUCAACUCCGUCUGCGGCGAACGACCGCGAAGUCCGAGAGAAGGAGGACACCCAAAGGAUAACGAAGCAGCGGGGGCUAUUGAGGCUUCUGGGGGAGCUCGAAGUCGUUGGAAUCGUUGGUAAAGGAAGCUCGACAGGUUCAGGCAAAACUUUGUCCGUCAACUCGGGCAUGGUCGGCGAGAUCACGUGGAAGAUUAUAAAAGAAUGGGCAAGUGUUUUCCUCGCGCCAUUUGUCUGCUUCUGGGUAGACACUUACGCAUUUCCUCGUUCUACACACACAGCUCACGUCCGACAAGGAGCAACUGUCACUUGUUGCACCAUUGGCGAUCGCCUUCGCGAAACAUCUCGGUCCUCUCUACCUCCCGCCACUUCCCACCACCGCGGACGAAGGUGCCGCUUCGGCUCUUCUUGUCAACGCUCACGAGUUCCCUGCCCUAUCAAGCUCAAAGGACGAUACCGAGAGCUCGUCCCUGGUCCCACGGGAAAUGAUGGACAAGUUCCGCAAGCUCCUCGUCGCGUACCUCGACGCGUUGGGUCGUAAGGAAGUGCGCAACCACCUCGAACUGCAAAAGCAGGACAAGAGGAACCAUGAAGCGUACAUUAGAAGUGGUGAGGUGUUUGAGGAUCGAGAGAAGGCAUACGAGAGGAACGUGAAGAAUUGGGAGAGAGGGUGGAGUGGUGUGACUCAGUGAGUUGGACUUGUUUGCUCGAAAGGGCUCGAGAUUCAUCAAAUCCUGAUGCUGAUGCUUCGUCGAUCGCGUUGUUCACCCUAGACUAUCGGAACUUUUGGGUGUUGCCGCACCCGUGCUCCCAUCGCUCACCUCAACUUUGGCAGCAUCUUCGAUCGUCGGGACGGGGACCUCUUCUUUCCAGCAGGAAGAGGAGAUUGGCGGACCCGGAUCGAUUUGGAUCGACGAAGAGGACAAGAAGUUUUACGAGGAUUUGAGGGAGCUCAAGGGUGCGGUACCGGGAAAAUUCCUUGGACUGGGGGACAAGGAAGUGGAAGCGACAGCGGCGGAAGAGGAGAAAGAGAAGGAAGAGCUCAAGAUGGAUGUCGAGAACGAGACGAGCGAUGAGCCGGAGAGCACCGGGGCAGAUGAGUGAGUCUCCCGCAGGCGCCCCAACUAGCACAUAUUUGAACUGAUUCGAAAACAUAUUCGAAGAACACGGUCGGCUGAACAACAUGCUGGUGUCGAGACGGAAGUUGACGCGACUCUGGCCACUGGACCGGCCGCGCAGCUCACGGCUCUCUUCGCCCGACUCGUCGACGCCUCUUCUCGAUCGAGCAUCGACGACAUCGCUAUCGAAUUCGCCUUCCUGAACAGCAAAGCCGCUCGUAAGCGGCUCGUCAAGCAUCUCGCGUCCAUCAACCGUAAUCGACAAGACCUGAUACCGUACUACGCGAGGCUGGUCGGGACGCUGAAUCCAUACAUGCCCGACGUCGGGAAAGAACUCAUCACCAUCCUCGAAGAAGAGUUUCGCUACCUCCAGCGCAAACGACAAGUCGAUCUCGCCGAAACGAGAUCGAAGAACCUCCGAUUCUUUUCCGAAUUGACCAAGUUCAAAAUCACGCCCAUCCACUCGAUCUUGCACGUCUUCAAGGUUUUGCUAGACGACUUCACCGGCGCCAAUAUCGACAACUUUUGCACCGUCCUCGAAGGGUGUGGGAGGUUCUUGCUGCGAUCGGAAGCCACGAGCGAGCGCAUGAGGCUGGUGUUGGAGACGUACAUGAGGAAAAAAGCGGCGAUGCAUUUGGACCAGAGGCAGAUCACAAUGUUGGAGAAUGCUUACUACCAAGUCAGUGCCCUCAUCCCGCACUCUCGCGCGCGAUUCCAAGUAGAAGCUGACCUGUCCCCUCUGCAGUGCGACCCACCGGGUCGACCCGCAAUCCCACCCAAGGAACGUACCCCAAUGCAACUCUACAUCCGCCACCUCAUCUACCAUCAAAUGACCCGCAACAACGUCGACAAGAUCGCCAAGCUCCUACGCAAGCUUCAUUGGGAGGAUCCGGCGAUCGUCGCGAAAUUGCAUAGCGCUUUCACCAAAGUCGGUAAGAUCAAGUUCAGCAACAUCUAUUUGUUUGCUGUGCUUUUGGACGAGUUGGUCAAGUUCCAUUCGGAGUUUGUCGUUGGCGUUAUCGAUGAGGUGAUGGAGAAUCUUAGGCUGGGAAUGGAGGUGAAUUUACGUUCAUGAUCUGAGCACAAUGUUGCAGUCUGACUAAUCGUCUUCGGCUCUAAUUGCCAUCUAGGUCAACAACUUCAAGUACAAUCAACAACGCAUUGCCACGAUAAAGUACCUGGGCGAGAUGUAUAACUACCGGGUCAUCGAGUCCCGGGUCAUCUUUGACACUCUUUGGUCGCUCAUCACAUUCGGUCAUCGUAAGUACUAUAAUGUCGAGUGGUAGCUACGAACCGUGCGCCCUGAUGCGUUGUUGACCCGAACGGCAAUAGCUCAAGGCCAUGCCCAUCCCGCGACUCCGAGCGCGAUCGACAUGGCCGACGACUCGUUCCGCAUCCGCCUCAUCUGCGUCCUACUCGACACCUGCGGCGAAUGUUUCGACCGUGGACAAUCACGCAAGAAACUCGAUACUUUCCUCAUCUUCUUCCAAACUUAUGUUUUCACUAAACGAGGGAUCCCUAUGGACGUUGGUUUCAUGGUCGAUGAUUUGUUUGAAAAACUUCGACCCAAGACGAAUAGGUUCGGUAGUUGGGAGGAAGCUGAGAAGGUGGCGAGUGAGCUUAGGAAUCAGGUUGGAGUUGCGGUCAAUGGUGCUAAUGGUGGAUCGGGCAAAGGGGGGAAGAUUGAAGGCGCGAUCGUGGAAGAGGACGAGGACGAGGACGAGGAAGAGGAGCCCCGUAGAAUGGACGUCGAUAGCGAUGUACGUACCCUCUCCAUCAUUGAGUAUCUUGGUCCGCACUCAUCGUGCUGAAUGUGAUGUCUUUGCGAGCAGGCGGGGAAGAAAUCCGGGGACGAGUCAUCUGGGUCCGACGAUGGUUCAGAAGACGGCUCGAAUGACAACCAAGGCGAGUCUAGCGAUGAUGAUGAUGAUGAUGAUGACGACGACGACAGCGACGAACAUUCGGUCGAGGAAGACGAAGACGUUGAAGGUGCCGCCCGACCCAAAGACCCGAAUGCGAUGACCGAAGAAGAGAAGGACGAGUUCACUCGCGACUUGGCUAAAAUGAUGGCCGGGACCGGUGGGAGUGCGGGCGGUGGCGCGGAGGUGAGAAAUAAGCCUGUUCUAUUCGAUGUCGGGGUCCCAUUCGUUCGGAAAACCGCUCCGAGGGGUGGGAGGAUCGAGGAGGACGAGGACAUCGAUAGGGAAGAAGCGACGCCGAAAGGGAUCACGUUCACCCUUUUGACCAAGAAAGGGAACAAGCAACAGGUUUGUCCGAGCAUCUCUCGCCUUUCGGUGCAGCCAUAGAUGCUGAUUCGCCUCAAAAUAGACUCGGUCAAUGGAGAUUCCCCUCGAGUCCUCAAUCGCCGUGCAUACUCUCGAGAAACGAGCGAUCGACAAAGCCGAGCAGCAGCAGCUGAAGCAGCUUGUUCUGGACUACGAGCAGCGAGAGGAAGUCGCGGAGAAGCAAGGUACGUGUAGCCGUGUUCUAUGUGGAUCUCAGUUGAGCUGAUCACGGGUUUUUUGUAUGCUCCGCAGCUUUCAAGGACGACAUGGCAAGAAGAGGCAUCGCCCUCAAAUUCAAGGUCGUACCGUGA